AUUAAAAAAAAAAAUCCAAUUAAGAACCAAAACCAUUAAAUUAUUGAGAGAUUAAAGAAAAAGGAAAGAAAGAAAAACCAAAUCCAUUUCUCCACUCCAAUGCCGAAGUCUUCUGAGAAGACUCAGCACACUCACCAACCAUGCUCCCCAUUCUCUCCCCCUCCUCCUCUUUCUCACCGCCCCAUCACCAUCUCAAUCCGAUUUCAGAUCGCCAUCGAAGCUCAUCUUCAUCCUCGCCGGGCAGAGCAACAUGGCCGGCCGUGGCGGCGUAGUGAACACCACCUGGGAUCACAUCAUUCCCCCUGAAUCCUCUCCAAAUCAAUCAAUCCUCCGCCUAAACGCACACCUCCAGUGGGAACCAGCACACGAGCCGCUCCACGCCGACAUCGACGUGCUGAAGACCUGCGGAGUGGGGCCGGGGAUGGCGUUCGCCAACGCCGUCAGAUCAGGGGGUUGCGAGGGCGAGAUCGGGUUGGUUCCGUGCGCGAUCGGGGGAACGACGAUAAGUGAGUGGGAGAGAGGACAAGGGUUGUAUGAGAGGAUGGUGAGGAGGGCGAGGGCGGCGGUGGAAGAGGGAGGAGGGAGGGUGGGGGCGGUGCUGUGGUACCAGGGGGAGAGUGACACCGAGGAGAUGGGCGAGGCGGAGGCGUACGCCGGAAGGAUGGCGAGGUUGGUACGGGACCUCAGGGAGGAUCUGGGGCAACCGGGCCUGCUCGUGAUCCAGGUUGCUCUUGCAUCAGGAGAAGGAAAUUUCACAGAAAUUGUUAGGGAGGCCCAGAAAGGAAUCAAGCUCCCCAAUGUUCUCUGUGUUGAUGCCAAAGGAUUGGCACUAGAAGAGGAUCACUUGCAUCUUACCACACAUGCUCAAGUUCAUCUUGGAAAGAUGUUAGCUGCUGCCUAUCUUGGCCAUGUUAAACCUCAUCUUGAAAGUCUCUUCUGAAAACUGUCAAGUUUCAAUGGAGCAUAAUUUGCUCUUGAUUCUCCUGCUGAAGAUCUUAUGCUUACUUGUCUUAUAAUGAGGCAUUGCGCGCUUCUGUGAACUUGGGAUGAAAAUGGUAUGGAUUCUAAAUUUAUAUUUCACAACUUGCAAUUAACCCAAGUAGCUAGCUAGUCACAAUGUUAUGUAAUUUAAAUUUUGUUUACAAUUUGUCAAAUUGUAUAUUUCAUUCAUUUGCUAUUUAGUUUAAUUAAUCUGAUGUCUGCCUUUUGCACUGCUGAGCAUCAAUUGAUAUUUACAUUUUAUCUUAAUAAAUUAUUUUCUAUGCUUCUAUUCUCAUGCCCACUGUCUAAAUUAAUUAGAGGAUUGCGUAUAGAAUGGCAUAUGAUUUACUCUCCCAUCACAUUGUUUGUCUCUUUUCUUCUUUUCUUUUUCAUGUGUGAAAAAACUAAAGUGUAGACAUUGUUUAUUUUUUUGUGCUAGCACCUGAUGCUUUUACAUCAUACAGUUUGUCGAUGUUUGAGAGAAUUGGUUCAAGUUGAUGAUAAAUUACUAGAUGAUUUACCCAGGUCAGAAAGACCAAAUGCAUAUUUAGUAUCAAGAAGUGUAUGACCUAAUGGCAAGAACAAACAAACAAUUUGAAUAGUUCUUUGCAUAGAAUUUCUUAGCCCAUGCUCAGUUUCUCCUGAAUUGCUUCAUGGGCGUUCUAUUAGAGAUAAUAACUUUAGAGGAUUUUGUACCUUAUUUGCUUGGCUGAAGGUUAUUAAACAUAAUGUAGAGUAAGGUUUUCUGUAAAACUAUGUUUGUGGAGAAGGUUUUGUAAAAGGUAAAAUUUUAGGGGAUACCAAUUGAGGUCGACCUUACACCAUUUUUUUUUCUUAUUUUAUCUUACUUUAUUAAUCCCAAUACAUAUAUUCCAUCCAAGCAAACCAUAAGACCGAUCGUAAAUGUUGUAUAAAAUCAUUGUAAUAUUCUCCAUUAAAAUAAUUAUCAUUUAACCCUAAAUGAUUGU